CCAUACAAUACAAUGGUAUUGGCAAAAUUCUCACUCUUGAAGAUUUUGAUGCAGAAAAACCUGGUCAAUAUUUUCAUUUUGAUGAUGCUCUUCAACCUGAAACUCCUUUAGCUAUUAAAGCUGCACAAGAUCCUAGAGAAUAUGCAACAGUCAAGGCUUUCAAAGUUGAUGAACCAGUCCGUGCUGAGUCCGGAGAGGCCAGAAAACAAUGGGAACUUGAUUUACCAAAACACGAUUUUGAUGAUAAAGGUUAUGACUUACCAAGUUUAGAUAAUUUAUUAAAAUAUUGUGAAAAACUUGAAACAAUUAUUAAUAAAUUUUAUUACAAUGGAGACAUAGAAGCUGGUAAGCUUUAUACUCAAGAAAAUUUCACAUUUAGUAAAAAUAUAGAUGGUAGAAUUAGAUUUCAUUAUGAAAAAACUAUAUAA